UACAUGCAUGGAAGUGGAAACCAACAAUAACAUAUCCAUAAAGAAUCGUCCAUAUGUAAAAUUUACGCCGGGAAUGAGUCCACGAAAUAUUCGAUUGAUAUCAAGUGUAUAUCAUCGACCAUUUUGGUUUUAUUACUUUUUUCUGGAAUACUUUAGACCAUCGUUUUUUGAUAAUUAUAUUUCAUAGGAACAAUAUAUGCUUUUCAGCUACGUUGUGAACAGCCACAAAUUAAGUAAGAAGACAAUAGAGAAAAAAAAAUGCUUUUCACCUAUGUUGUGAACAGCCACAAAUUAAGUAAGAAGACAAUAGAGAACAAAACGUAUUGAGACAAAUACACGUUUAAGGUUUUUUAUUAUUGUGUGAAUUAAUAAUCUUACAAAUCUUUAGACUCAUAUUUAUAACAGGCUUAAAACCCGAUUUCUUUUAUCCUUUAGGAAUACAUACUUAUCUAGAAAAAAAUAAAUUUUUCUAAACUUAAAAGGCAUACCGUAUCCACGAAUGUUGGAUUUUUACUGGUGCACAGAUAUUUAAGACAGACAGAUGCAACAACCUAUAUAACUUUUACGUCUAAUUGACUUCGCCUUGAUCAUCCAGAUUACGCGUACAAAUAUAAUCGUUUGAUGAGCUGGAUCUCGAUCAGUGCUGUACAAAAAGUAAAAGCUGCAUAAUUCGUGAUAAUAUAAACGUAUAGCAGGCCGCCUGGCCUAUAAAAUCUAAAAACCACAAAUACAAUGUUCUAUAAGUUAACUAAACAUACCAACGAUUUGUGCAAAUAUCACUAACACUGGAAUAUAUAUUAUUAAUACACUAAUUUAUAGAUUAGCUGUCCCAUGUGUUAAGUUGGUAAUAUAAUAUAAGUUUCAUAUACAAGGCUGACUGGUGAUUACUAUUCUAAUAGCUACAUUCUUGAUUAUGUGUCUUUUCUCAGAUCAUUCAUACAAGUCCUACAUACCAAAAUAUUGUAAAAGGAAAAUAAAGCAAUAUCCUAUAUAUAUGGGCGACAGCUUUCGUUUCCCAACAUCUCUCAUGAUGGUACAUUCCUUAUUGCUAGCUCUGAAUAGAAAUGAGAAUAAUACUAUAAUUUAUAUUUCAAUAUAGCUAGUAUUCACAGAAAUCUCCAUAUAUUCCAUGUUUACUACACAAAUUCAUAUGCCACCAUGACUUUUAUAAAUGUUCUUAUCUGUAUGGUCCCAGUUACACUAGUAGUCAACUAGUGAAAAAAAAGGGUAUUGACCCGGUAGAGAAGAUUAGGCUUCAAAGCAUAUUUCAUGCUAUUUAAGCAUUUAGAAAACAUAUGUAAUAAGAAGAGUAGAAAAAAACACACAUAGAGGCGACCAUCAGUAUAUUUGUGAUAUGCGGGUAUGUUGAUAUUAACCAACAACUCUGUUAUGUAAACAAGUUUUUUUUUUGGAAGAAGGAUAUGGGUUAGUUCGAGUUUAUUGGGACAAAAAAAAAACUAUAUCCCCGUGUUAUGUUAAACACACAUAUUUAGUAGAAUUUGUAUACAGAUUUUGUUUGAAGUCUUUUAUAUAUUCCAGUAAUUAGUCUGUAUAUACAAAAAAUAACCAUAUUUAUGAUACGGACAGAUUUUGGAGAAUAAGUCAAGGUGGUCCACGAAGGAACAAAAGAAUUUUUUUUUUGCAAAGAAUGUUAAUUAUCAUAAAAGAUAGAGAUUGUUUCUUACAAAAGAGACUAAUCUAUACAACAACAACACCCUGGCAAAAAGAAAGUAAUAAAACAGGGUAAUUGGUAGAGUGAAACAACAAAAUGGAGUCCAAAGGAGUCCCUUGAAGAUGCAAAAGGCCGAAAGCUAUUUAGCAAAGAAUUAAAUCAACUAAAAAGUCAUGAGGUUCCUGAAUUUCUUCCUGUUUCUCAGAGCGUUGUUGGAGUUGAUGACCUGUCUAUUGAUGUCCUUAAACACAACCGUAGGAGGAGUGAUAGAUUGGUUGAUGACCUGUCUAUUGAUGUCGCUUGUUUACUCUGUCUGGCAGAAGAAAUAUAAACUUAGACAAGGAUAACAAAUCGUUCACAUGUCGUCCAUCUAUCUAGAUGAAUAAACACAGUUAUAAACUGAGAAAAUCAAGUGGUUGUGUCUAUAAUGGAUUAUCAAUCGUCAUAUUAUAAUGAUAUUAUUUUGGUAGCUAGACUGUUUGAUAGUUAUCAUAGUGAAAAUAUCACUUUGAAUUGCUUUUGUUCUUCUAAACACUAUAUAUCACAUGUGAAUAUAGACCUCCAACACUUAAACAACGUUCUUCAAAGUUCUAAUAUUUAAUUAUGGUUAGCCAACUUGUUAUACUUAUCAGACCAUUCCAGUACCAAAUCUUUAAGAACAUAUUCCAACACCGCCAUGCACACAAGUUGAGUCAAACAUUUUGUGUCCACUAGAUGUUCAUGCCGUCAGGCCUAUAUAUAUACAUAGUAGUAGAGUGUAAACACAUCAACAACUUCACAACAAAGGGAAAAACAAAUAAAGAGAAACGGUGACAUGAAGAAUGAGAAGUUGUGUGGUAGCCAAGGAUGACUUGCCUGCGUCUUAACACCAUAUCACAGACUUUAUCGAUAGUCUCUGAGUUGGUUAGGCUGUAGGCAGUCUCCUCGGCUAUUCAGACACUCCUCUUUCUCCUCAUUUCACAUUUCUCUUUUUCAAUGACCGAACACAGAAAGCGUUUUGAUACAUUCGAUUUUGGUUGGUCUUUAAAUUGAAAACAAGUUUACGAGAUCUCGUAUGAGAUUGGGUGGAAUAUUGUCUAUGUAUGAGCAUUGGGACAAUGUGUUGUGGAAAGAUCGAGGGCUUUGCUUCACUGUGACCAAUAAACUUCACGUGGAGAGUCUGUGGAUCUUGUCGCCUAUCAGCAUGUGAGCUUUUCUCUAAUUCUAUUUCUAAAUGUGGCCAUGUAAAAGGGUCGGCGGCGAAAAACUUAAUGAUAUCUGUGAUAUUAUUGUUUAGUUCGUGAAGUAAAUUGAUUUAACCUGAAACAAGCAAAAAAGUUUUAAAUCCAAAAACCAAUUUAUGCGUUUUACAGUCAGUUGAAUAUGCGUUUUUACAUUAAUUAAUUUAUAACUUCUAUUUCUGUAAGAGAUAACGUCUUACGAUGCCUUUUCUCUAAUAUGGCUAUCUAUCUAUCAAUUCACAAGCCAGGCAUUCGUUGAUAUACUUUAUGAGUUCGAUUUCCGUGAAGGUAGUUUCAAUUUUUGAUCCAAAAGAUAAUAAUAAUUACUGAUUUAGUCAUAUACCUUAAAGACAAAAUUAACAUAUACAACCAACCACAAAAUUAACCAAUUAAAUUUGUGAUUGUUGAAUGCUGAUGUCAAAAAAAAAGAGUCUCAAAAAUAUCUUAAAAGACAUGUAUCAGAUCUUUUCCGCUUUUCGUAGCUCCAAGCUUCACCGUGACUGAAGACGACCGGAUCAAAUCUCGGACAUAAAAGUCUCCUUCUUUCGGACAAUUAUUUUUCUUAAUAAACAAACCCAAAACAAAAUCUCAGUUAAACUCCAACCAGUUCUCCUUCCAGAUCCUAAACCACUCAUCAUCUCCUCCUACAGAUCUACAUAUAUGGCGGUUACUCACUGAUUCAGACACGCCGAAAAAGGACUUCACUUUUUCAUCACUUCCAAUGGCAGAUCCUCGAAACGGCAAGUCCUUCUUUCUCACCUUCUACUUUAUAAUCACCCUCACUCUGCUUUUCAUCUCGCCGUCGGACGCCAACGAGUCUCCGGCUAUCGUUGAUUCGACCGAAGACGUUACUUCCACCGAUGUAGCUGCGUCGGUUACCGAACCCACCCGAGAAGAUGCUCUACUGCAUAAGCUCGAGGAACUCGUCAAGAAUCUGACCGAGAUCGUCUCUAAUCUAGACGCUAAGUUAUCCGAAUCGAAGAACGAGAUCUCUAAAUCAGAUGAUGAAGCCUUCGUCGGAGGAGGAAGAGCCAAGGCGUUCUCAGUGACAAAGUACAGCCCCUUUUGGACGGAGAGAUUCUCCUUCACAUCGGCAGUGAAGCUCGAUUCAGACGCCACGUGUAUCAACGUGCUGCCGUUUAAAGACUUCGAAGGCUCGAGCAAGUACUUCGCGAUCGGGGACUCUAGAGGUAGAGUUUACGUGUUCUUGAGAAACGGCGACGUUUUGAUCGAGUUCUUCACCACCGUUGAUUCGCCCGUUACAGCUAUGGUUUCGUAUCUUUCCAUGUUUAAGAACUCGAGUUUCUUCGUCACUGGUCACCAAAACGGCGCCGUUUUGUUCCACCGGAUCCACGAGGGAUCGAGUGGAGAAGACUGGAACUCCAACUCGGUCUCGAUGGAACACGUUGGGGCUUUCGAUGUUGAUGAUUCCGCUGAUCCCGUCACUCUGUUGGAAGUGCACCACGUGGGACGUGUUAGGUACAUUUUGGCCACGGAUCUUAGCGGGAAGCUGACGGUUUUAACCGAGAACCGGACGGUUUACGGUUCGGUUAUCCCGACGAGUAGACCGCUAGUGUUCUUGAAGCAGAGGCUGUUGUUCCUCACCGAGUCUGGCGCCGGUUCGUUGGACUUGAGGAGCAUGAAGAUUAGAGAAACCGAGUGCGAAGGACUAAACCAUUCUCUUGCGAGAAGCUACGUUUUCGACGCGACCGAACGGUCCAAAGCUUACGGAUUCACCUCAGAAGGCGAGAUCAUUCACGUGCUGCUUCACGGAGAUAUAAUGAACUUCAAAUGCAGAGUUAGAUCCAAGAAGAAGUUUCAAAUGGAGGAGCCAGUCGCGUUACAAUCAAUCAAAGGCUACCUUCUUGUGAUCAACGAGGACAAAGUUUUCGCUUUUAAUGUAUCGACUCAGCAUUACGUACGAACCGCUGGUCCUCGUCUCUUGUUCUCAGCUGGUUUGGAAGAGAUCAGAUCCUCGUUCUUGAGCCAUCGUCAGUCAUCUUCAAGAAAUGUAGGUGUAAAGGCGAGGCCUUUGAUAGCUAGCGACAGAGAGAAUCUUCUUGUGAUGGGUUUAGGAGACGGGUACUUCGGUGUUUACAAGUCGAAGCUUCCGAGUCUCAAAGGAGAGUUCAACACAAUGCUUUGGAGCAGUCCUGUGUUCUUCUUCAUACUGUUUCUCUUCGGAGCUUGGCAUUUUUUCGCCAAGAAGAAAGAAUCUCUCACGGCUUGGGGACCAGAUGAUCCUUUUACUCCGACGGCUGCGGGACAGAACAGCUCGGCGAAAGAGCCGAGUUUUACUGAGCCUGCUAGAAGAAGCGAUGACCUCAUGGAUCUAAGGAGAAGGUACGUUGGUGCGUCGCCGUACCGUAAUGACCAGAGUUCGAGAGCUCCGGUGGAUGGAGGAGGGUAUAGAACAACGGCACAGGAUCAUAAUAACUAUCGAGGCGGGUCGGGGCUUGACUCAAGCGGGUUUGGUAAUAGAAGAGAUAGUUUGUAUGGUAACAACAAAGUUAUGGACGACGAGAGUUAAAAAGAAUCUCUGUGACUUUUUGCAUUUGAAUUUUGACGUGUAAGAAAGAAAAUACACUUUGUAAUUCUCAAAGCUUUUUGUUAUUCCUUCCUUUGUAAUUUUACAGACAUUCUCUUCAAAAUGUUUGAAUAAUGUUAAAUUCUUUGCAAA